AUGAUUUUAAUAUUAGUCCUACUGGAUUGGCUUCUGGCAAGAAGUAUUUAUGCAACUAUUCAUGAACCAGGCUUCAGUGGACCUAUAGAGAAUGUGACAGCGCCUUUAGGCAGGGAGGCGAUAUUGGCGUGUACAGUACAUAAUCUCUCCUCAUACAAGGUCGCCUGGCUAAGAGUGGAUACGCAGACAAUUCUAACUAUCCACACUCACGUAAUAUCUCGGAGCAGACGCGUGGGUGUCACGCAUAGUGACCAAAGGACCUGGUUUCUGCACAUCCGGGAACUUCGGGAGACGGAUAGAGGAUGGUACAUGUGUCAGAUCAACACGGAUCCCAUGAAGAGUCAACUCGGCUUCUUAGAUAUUGUUGUACCGCCGGACAUCCUAGACCGCGGUACAAGUGCCGAUCAAACCGUACGGGAAGGUUCGUCAAUAAGUCUGACGUGUGCGGCCACCGGCUCCCCACAUCCGCAGAUCACGUGGCGAAGGGAACACUCUAAGCCCAUUACAAUUUCUGACGGCAUACAAGUAUCUUCCCUGGAAGGACCGGUACUGAAUAUAAGUCGAGUUAGUCGUCAGCACGCAGGUGCGUAUUUGUGCAUCGCGUCGAAUGGAGUCCCGCCGACUGUCAGCAAACGAAUUAUGAUCACAGUUGAAUUUCCACCAGUAAUUGUGAUAAAGAACCAGCUUGUUGGCGCGUCGCUUGGCUCAGAUUUAGUACUGGAGUGUGAAACUGAAGCCUAUCCUAAGCCAGUCAGUUACUGGAGUAGAGAUAAUGAAAUUGUUCCUAUAGGAAGCGGUUUAGAACCACAAAAAGUUGCUGGCUCAUAUCGUUCUAAGCUGCGACUCCCUAUACGAAAAGUAACGAACGCAGACUACGGCACGUACAAGUGUGUCUCGAAGAAUUCCUUGGGAGACACUGAAGGCACUAUAAAAUUAUACCCUAUGCAAGCACCGAUGGAAAAUAGAAACGCUAUCCAAAAGCUUAAUAUAGUAGCGGGAAAACCUUCUGAAACUACGCUAUUUGGUACACAAGAUUUCAGAUUACAGGACUACAACAAGGGAGUCUUGAAGCAUCGCUUUUGUUACCGAUCGUUAUUUUCUCUAAUUAUCAUAAUAAACUUAAUAUCC